AUGUCGUACUCCCUUGUCUGGACUGAGUUGGGUAAGCAACGUGUACUGGGUUCGAAAUUAGUUUCUGAGACUGAGGACAAGAUUCGACUAAUUUGGGAUAGACUUAAAGCAGCAUCUGAUAGGCAGAAGUCUUACGCUAAUCUGAAGAGAAAGGAUAUCAAGUAUUCGAUAGGAGACUUCGUUUUUCUCAAGUUAGAGCUACCUCUAGAGUUGAAUCGGAUUCAUGAUGUGCUCCACAUCUCUAUGUUGAGACGUUACUGCUCUGAUCCUACGCAUAUUGUUCCUAUGGAGGAGAUUGAAGUUAGGCCAGAUCUGACAUUUGAGGAGAAGUUGGUUCAAAUUUUAGAUCGCAACAUUAAGGUUUUAGGAAGGAAAUCUAUUCCCUUGGUGAAGGUGCUGUGGCAGAAUCAUAGCACUGAGGAGGCUACUUGGGAGUCGGAGGAUUUGAUGCUUCAAUAG